GCCAUAGGCCUUUAGUGUCUUGGCUUUGCUCUGCCCUCCGGCCCUUCCUCCUGGAGGCAUGAGCCUGGCCCACAUCACAGUGCUCCUGUGGGCCUGGGGCAGUCUUCAGGCCUUUGAAAUUGUGGAGAAAGAAAACAUUUUUCAGAAGACCCCCUGCCCUGCUUUCCUGAUGUUCGACAACGCCGCCUACUUGGCAGACAUGAGCUUCGAGCUGCCUUGUCACUGCAAGCCCGAGGAGGUUCCAGCUGUGGUCUGGUACUACCAAAAGCACCUGGGGAGCAGCCACACCCGAGUUCUCACAGACUUUGAUGGGCGGUUGCUGACAGAGGCGGCUCAGGUUCGAGCUGGCAGCGACAUGCUGCUCCGUUUCAGCAUCCGCAUGUUCAGCCUGCUGGUCUUCCGGGCCCAGCCUGAAGACUCGGGGCUGUACUUCUGUGGCACUCGCCGGGGAGACUACUUUUAUGCCUAUGACAUAGACAUCCAGAGCAGUGAGGGGAUGGUGGCCUCCUUCAAGGACAAGGGCCAGGAGCCUUUGGCAGACGAGCACCAUGGGAACCUCCAUGUCUUCACCACCUUUUGGGAGUGGACCCCUUGUGACCGCUGCGGGGUGCUGGGGGAGCAGUGGCGUAUAGGCCUCUGCUACCUGCAGAGCCCUGAUCUCUCACCCCGCUACCAUAAGACUCUGCCUGACGUGGUGUCCUGUGGCUCACGGGCUGUGCCAAGGAAACUGCGCACCAAGGUGAAAGCCCACACACCUGAGCUGCUGGUUCAGAGCUGCCUGGUGCCCUGCGAGAAUAGGAAUAGGAUAAAGGAGGGUGUGCUGGCCAUCUACAACUAUAUAUCCAAAGUGGGGAGCAAGCCCUGGGUGCCCAAGUUGCCCAUUCAGUUCCACCAGCAGAAACUAGGCCACGGACUCAUCAUCUCCUGCCCCGGGGCCCGGCCUGAGCACGCUGUGGCCUGGGACAAGGACCACCAGCACCUCUAUCGCACCCAGUACCUGAAAGGCGUCAACAGAUCCAUGAGGGUGUUCAUAGACCACGGCAACCAGCUCCACAUCCGCUUCACCCAGCUCAGUGACCGCGGCACCUACUACUGCUGGCGGCAGGGAGUGCGCAUCGCUGGUUUCCGGUUGGGUGUGACCACGAGAGCGCGCCACCUAGCCUCGCUGUCGGACCCCGAGACUCGCUCCGCCGUGGAGCUCACCCUGAUAGGCUAUCUGCUCAUCACCGCCGCCUUUGUCACCAUUCACCUCUGUCGUUGCUGCUGUUACUUAUUUCGCUGUUGUCCCAAAUGCGCCCCCUAGGCUUUCUCUUUUCCGGCUCUGAAGACUAGCUGCGUUUUAAUGUGUUUGUAAAUGAUACCAGAUAUCUGCCUUUGGGUAGGCCUCCUGGGCUGUGACAUUUGGCAAGAAGAUGUGACACAUCUGUGAGUGACAGCCGGCUCCCCAGUUUCAUGAAUAGAUUUGGGGCCUGACCUGGGAAGCUUGAGGUAGGUGGGAGAUUGAGGACUGAGGUGAGGAGGGGAAGUGGCCAGUGGCGCAACACGCCUUCUCACCUCACACUGAGUCAGAGAAGGAAGGGAACUAGCGCUCAGGAAAUCCUCUAUCAGUGCUGAACAGCGCUGGAGGCACUUUGCCAUCUUGCCUUUGAGGACCGCUCAGUGUGCAGUGGUUGAACUGGGAAUGGCAAGGGAAGAGUGGAGGGGACUGGCCUGGGUCCUCCUGUCUCCUCCUCAGCCUUAUAGAAACAGCAGGUGUAGGCCAUGAAGAUAAAGACUAGGGACAGGGGACGG